CCUCGCCCGCCGCCCCGCCCGCUCCGCCCGCAGGUUCCAAUGGCGGCGGCCGCGCCCGGGCGCCCGGCUGAGGGCAGGGUGACCUUUGAGGACGUGGCCCUGCACUUCUCCUUGGAGGAAUGGGAGCUCCUGGAUGAGGCUCAGAGACGCCUGUACCACGAUGUGAUGCUGGCGAACUUGACACUGAUAACCUCCCUGGGUUGUUGGCAUGGAGCCCAGAAUGAGGAGGCCCCGUCUGAGCUCAGCAGUUCUUUACAAGGAGUGUCAGAGGUCAGGACUCCCAAGGCAGGUGUGUCUCCCCUGAAGGCCCAUCCUUGUGAGCUGUGUGGUGUGAACAUGGGAGACAUUUUGCACUUCACUAGGCACCCGGGAACACAUCAUGGGAAGAAACUAUACAAGAUGGGGGCAUGUGAGAAACAGUUGGAUGUUAGCACGGAACUUGAGCAUCAGAAGCAGCUCACGGGAGAGAUGUGCUUCAGAGGCCACAUGGACAGAACGUCAUUUGUAAAGGACUGCAAAUUCUGUGUGUCAGGGAAGCCCGGUUCCUGUGACGAGGUUUUGACAGACUUCCUGGCCAGCUCAGGAUUUCUCCAGCACCAGGCCACACACACCAGGGAGAAGUCAAACAGGAAAACUGAGUGUGCCACAGACUCUCACAAGGGAAACACUCUGUCUGACUCGGAAUACAUGAAAGAUUUUAAUUGCAAGUGCAUGCUUGUUCAAGACCAGAAAGUCCUCACCCGAGAAAAAUGCCAUGUGAGCAAUGAAAGUGGAAAAUCUUAUGGCAAAAGCUAUAGCCUUGUUGACCAUUGGAGAACUCACACUGGGGAAAAGCCUUAUGAGUGUGGAGAAUGUGGGAAGUCCUUUAAGCAAAGCUCUAGCCUCAUUCAACACCGGAGAGUUCACACUGGAGCGCGGCCUCACAAGUGUGACUUAUGUGGAAAAUUAUUUAGCAACAAGUCCAACCUUAUUAAACAUGGAAGAAUUCACACUGGAGAAAGGCCUUAUGAGUGUGGGGAAUGUGGGAAGUCCUUUAGCCAAAGCUCUGCACUCCUUCAACACCGGAGUGUUCACACAGGAGAAAAGCCAUAUGAGUGCAGUGAAUGUGGGAAGUUCUUUACCUACAACUCCAGUCUCCUAAAACACCAGAGAGUUCACUCUGGGUCCAGGCCCUAUUCCUGCAGUGAAUGUGGAAAAUCCUUUACUCUAAAUUCCCGCCUGAUUGAUCACUCCAGAGUUCAUAGUGGAGAAAAGCCGUAUAAGUGCACCGAAUGUGGGAAAGGUUUUAGCCAAAGCUCUGUGCUUCUAGAGCAUUGGAGAAUUCACACUGGAGAAAGGCCUUAUGAGUGCAGUGAAUGUGGGAAAUUAUUUACUCACAAUUCUAGUUUCUUAAAACAUCAGAGAGUUCACACUGGGGAAAGGCCUUAUGAGUGCAGUGAAUGUGGGAAAUUCUUUACUUACAGCUAUAGUCUCAUCAAACACAAAAGAAUUCACACUGGAGAAAGACCUUAUGAGUGUAGCCAAUGUGGGAAAUCUUUUAGCCAAAGCUCUGCACUUUUUCAGCAUAGGAGAGUUCACACCGGAGAAAAGCCAUAUGAGUGCAGUGAAUGUGGGAAAUUCUUUACUUACAGUUCUAGUCUCAUCAAACACAUAAGAAUUCACACUGGAGAAAGGCCUUAUGAGUGUAACCAAUGUGGGAAAUAUUUUAGCCAAAGCUCUGCACUUUUUCAGCAUCAGCGAGUUCACACUGGAGAAAGACCAUAUGAGUGCAGUGAAUGUGGGAAAUGCUUUACUUACAGCUCUAGUCUCUUAAAACACCAGAGUUCACAUCAGAGAAAGGCCUUAUGAGUGUGGUGAAUAUGGGAUAUAUUUUAGGCAUAGUUCAAGCCUCAUUAAACAUCAAAGAU